UAUAAAGUGGCGGUUGGAAAAUUGGACGGAAAGAAGAUGGAGAGAUAUGCGUCAUCGACGUCGCUCCCCGACCUGCCGGAGAACUGCAUCACCCACAUCCUCUCCCUGACGACGCCAAGGGACGUCUGCCGGUCGUCGGCUGUCUCAUCGAGCUUCCUCUCGGCUGCUUCCUCCGACUACGUCUGGGAGAGGAUGUUGCCGCCGGACAUCCAUCAACUGCUCUCCCGGGUCAGUCGUCCCAUCCCUUUCUCCUCCAAGAAAGAGCUCUUCUUCGGCCUCUGCUCCUCCCCUCUAAUCAUAGACUUCGAUCGAAAGAGUUUCUCACUGGACAGAUCAAGCGGCAAGAAAUGCUUCAUGCUAUCUGCGAGAGAAUUGACUAUCAUUUGGAGCGAUCACGAACAAUACUGGAGGUGGAUUAACCUGCCUGAAUCGAGGUUCCCCGAGGUAGCUGAGCUCUUGAACGUCUGCUGGUUGGACAUCAGUGGCAAAAUCUCAGUCGCCGACCUUUCGCCGUCCACACGGUAUGCAGCAUAUUUCGUGUUCAAACACACGAACAGUUCAUAUGGUUUGGAUUUGUCUCCCGCCAAGCUUUCCAUUAGAGUGAAUGACAGCCCUCAGGUACUCUCCGAGCAUGAGGCGUUCAUCCACCCAGAGAAUGCCGUUGCCAGGAGCCGCAGGUCCCGGCGAGGAGCCGCUGGGUUCCGAUGGCGAGCCACCGAGUCCCCGCCGCGGAGUGCUCUCUGCCCAAGGAAGGGUUACGGUGAGUGGAUGGAGGUUGAGGUUGGGGAGUUCUUCACUGAUGAUGAGGGUGGGGAAGCGGAUUUCAGUUUGAUGCAGACUGCUGGGCAAUGGAAAAGCGGGAUGCUACUCGAGGGACUUGAAAUAAGGCCCAAAUACUAGGGAAGCAUGUUCACCACCACCCUCCGUCUUCAUGCCCAUCUGCACGUUUACAGAGGCUCUGGUUGUUUUGGCAUUUAUUUUACAAGCUUGUGGAAUACGCUGGCCGUGAGACGUUUUGAAAUGUGAAUUGGUACAAGUUCCAUAUAGGCUUUGAUUCUUAUAAUGAAUUAAACUAAAUAAAGAUUUGUUCGCUCA